AAAAUAAAUUAGAGAUGGUCGUGAAACAUACGAUUUGUGUAAUUUUAUUUAUCGUAAUAUUAUAUCCUUCCUCACUCUUCCGCAAAGAGGAGGAGGAGAUGGGGAUGGUGGUGGAGAGAGGAUUCAAGCUGAUUUUGGGAUCUCAGUGGAUGGCGAGAAAAAAGAUAUUGGGUGAAAUGGGAUAUGAUUUCACUAUAGUGACUGCAGACAUUGACGAGAAAGCUAUCAGGAGAGACAAUCCUCAAGAUUUGGUUGUUGCUCUUGCUCAAGCCAAGGCAGAUGAGAUAAUAUCCAAAUUGGGAGGUCAAAGCCAGUUUGCACAAGAUCCUCUACCAACCUUAUUGAUUACUGCUGACACUGUAAUUGUGUACAAAGGUGUUAUCCGAGAAAAACCAAUCUCCAAAGAAGAAGCUCGCCAAUUUAUCAAAGGCUAUUCCGGGUCACACGGAAGCGUUGUUGGAUCUGUUAUUGUAAGCAACUUGAAAACUGGUGUUCAAAGAGCUGGAUGGGACAAAGCUGAGGUUUAUUUCCAUGAGAUACCAGCAAAAGUCAUUGACGAUCUCAUUGAUGAUUCCAUAACUUUCAAGGUUGCUGGAGGUUUAACCCUUGAGCAUCCCCUCAUUUCUCCCUUUAUUGAUACAGUGGUGGGAGGAGUUGAUACUGUUAUGGGACUUCCUAAAGAACUCACUGAAAAAUUCAUCACCGAUGCGUUGUAGCUCAAUCUCCCCCCCCCCCCCAGAAGAUUCCUCCUCUACGAAGGCUUAGAUUGAUUAUACUCUGUGGUUCUUAAGAUUUUGUUUGUUUGAUUCUGUAAUCAAAUCGCAUAUGUUGUAAGUGGAUAAAACAUAUAUUUACCUUCUUGUUAUCCCCAAAUAUUGAUGAUGUUUCUGGA